UAGGCCGAAAAUAUAGCCGGCUAGAAGAAAAAAGUAAAAAGAAAAAAGAAAAAUCUCUCUGAUUCGAUUCUUCUACUCUCCAUCUUGCAUUUUUCUCAUUAAUUUCUUCAAUAAGAUCUCAAUCUGAUAAAAACCCAGAAAUAAAAUCUGCUUUUUUGAAUCCAUUUCAUCUGUAGAAGAAAUAUGGGAGAUUGCUUGGUAUAUUGUGUUGGGAUUUGAAAACAAGAAAAAGAAAAGAGGAUUUGGAUUGAUUGAAGAUAUGGGUUGUUUUCCAUGCUUCGAUUCGAAGGAGGAAGAGCAUCUAAAUCCUGUAGAUAAGGGAGAUUACAGAAGAGAAGGCAAGCCCACCAUCGAAUCUCAUAUUGCCAGAUUAUCUUCAGGAGCUGACAGAAUCAAAGCCAGAAACGCUAUUGGGUUGAGAAAGGAGUCCUUAGGUACUAAGGAUGGGAUUGAUGUCAAAAUCGCUGCGCAAACAUUCACCUUCCGAGAGCUUGCAGCUGCAACGAAAAAUUUCACACCUGAGUCUCUUUUAGGGGAAGGGGGAUUCGGUCGUGUUUAUAAAGGCCGCCUAGAAAGCACAGGCCAGGUCAUUGCUGUAAAACAACUUGAUAGAAAUGGGCUCCAAGGGAAUAGGGAAUUUCUGGUCGAGGUGCUCAUGCUCAGCCUUUUACAUGACCCCAAUCUUGUUAAUUUGAUUGGCUAUUGUGCUGAUGGGGACCAACGGCUUCUUGUCUAUGAGUAUAUGCCCUUGGGGUCGCUGGAAGAUCAUCUACAUGACCUUCCGCCGGACAAGGAACCAUUAGAUUGGAAUAUGAGGAUGAAGAUCGCCGCCGGAGCAGCCAAAGGGUUGGAAUACCUUCACGAUAAAGCGAACCCUCCUGUUAUAUAUAGGGACUUCAAAUCAUCUAAUAUAUUAUUGGAUGAGGGCUAUCACCCGAAGCUAUCUGAUUUCGGGCUUGCAAAACUCGCUCCAACGGGGGAUAAGUCGCAUGUUUCCACAAGGGUCAUGGGAACUUAUGGCUACUGUGCUCCGGAGUAUGCUAUGACAGGACAGCUGACGGUGAAGUCUGAUGUUUACAGUUUUGGGGUUGUAUUCUUGGAGCUGAUCACGGGGCGGAAGGCCAUCGAUGGCACUAAGCCCCACGGAGAACAGAACCUCGUUUCAUGGGCACGACCCAUGUUCAGCGACCGACGGAAGUUCUCAAAACUAGCUGACCCACGGCUGCAAGGACAGUAUCCGAUGCGCGGGCUCUAUCAGGCCCUUGCUGUGGCAUCCAUGUGCAUCCAAGAACAGGCUGCCGCACGUCCUCUCAUCACAGACGUGGUGACUGCGCUUUCCUACUUGGCGUCCCACACGUAUGAUCCCAACACAGCUCAUCCUCAAAACAUUAGAGUCACCGGAGAAAAGGAUGAGAAGAAAAGAAGAGGUGGCAGUGGUGAUAGACGAGAUGAGAGAGGUGGAAGGCUAGCCAGAAAUGAGGGAGGCGGUGGGUCUGGUCACAAGUGGGACUUGGAUGGGUCCGAGAAGGAUGAUUCCCCAAAGGAGACUGCCAGGAUUUUGAACCAGGAUUUGGAUCGACAACGGGCUGUUGCUGAGGCCAAGAUGUGGGGGGAGAAUUUACGGGAGAAGCAACGGGCAAGUGCACAAGGCCGUUAUGAUGGAAUGAAUGGGUAGUGGGGAAUGACCCAAAUCACAUUUUCCCACCUUGAAUAGGAGAGGUGGGCCAUAUAGUAAGAACAAGAGCUGAAGAGAGUGUAUAUUGAUAGAGAAGUGAAAUGAAAAACAGCAACAUCUUUUUUC